AUGGCCGAAGGACUGAAGGUGAGGUUCACAUACAAGCCCGACUCGAGCUCUACUCCCGAGGAGUACUGGGUGGUGGCCAACCCGGGCAUGCCCGACAAGUGGAAGCAGGACCCGUCCACCCCGCUCACCGACGUCCUGCAGUCGUUCGACAUCUUCAAGGGACACGGCCAGGCCGGCCAGGCCCCACAGGCCGACCUCCUUAAGGUGUUUGGGACGACAGACAACGACGCGGUGAUCCGAAAGAUCCUGUCCGAGGGCGACUGGCCCAAGGAGAAGGGCUUCAACUUUAUGCAGCACAAGAACCAGAAGACCAUGAAGAAGGAGAAAUAA